UUUUAUCUGUUUUAAACGGCAAGCAAACGGAAUCGGAGUGCGACACGCUUUCAUUAAUUCGACUUUUAAUGGUUUUUGCAUUUAAUUUAAUCGUUAUUUUGUGUUAGAAUUAUCGUACUUCGUGAAAGAAACCGCAAAAAUGACUGAGGUAUCAGAAGUAUCCACAUCAUCCCCUUUGGAACUGUUGGCUGCGGGCCGCAGACAUCUGGCUGUGAGAGACUUCAGUGCGGCAGCCAGCACCCUUGCCGAGGCCUGUGAAGGACUCGCUAAGGAACACGGAGACACUGCCGAUCAGUGCGCUGAGGCAUAUUUAUGGUAUGGUAAAGCUCUUCUUGGGUUAUCAAGAGAAGAGAGUGGAGUCCUUGGCGAUGGCAUGCCAGGGUCUGGUAAUGCUGAUGGGGAGGAAGAAGAUGAGGAAGAACAAGAAGAGAACGGUGAAAAUGGAGAAGCAGAGGCAGAAGUAGAUGAGCAUGCCGAACCAGAGAAGGAGAAGGCAAAUGGAGAAGUUGAGAAGAGUGAAGCAGAGUCCACCACUAAGGAAGAGGAGCCAGGCAGCAGCACUGCACAGGAUGAUAAUGAGGAACCUGGAACAACUAACGGCGACGCACACGACGAGUCUGCAAUGAAUGUCGAUGCUGAAGAUGAUGUUGAUAACUUGCAACUUGCUUGGGAAAUGCUUGACUUAGCCCGCAGCAUCCUGUACCGCCGCGUGCAGGAGGGCGGCGGCGACGCGUCCCGCGCGCAGCUGGCGGACGUGUACCUCGCGCUCGGCGAGGUGGCGCUCGAGAGCGAGACAUACGACAAGGCUGUUACUGACAUGCAGAGCUGUCUUGAUCUCCAGAAGGAACUUUACCGCAGUGACGACAGGCGUAUUGCAGAGACUCAUUAUCAAAUUGGUUUGGCAAACUCCCUGGCAUCAAACUUCGAAGACGCGAUCACGCACUUCAAAAAUGCAGCGAACAUUCUAGAAACUAGAAUCAAGACACUAGAAAACCCUGCAGCCGUCACCGACGAUGCCACAGUCAAGAAGUUCACUACAGCAGACCCAUUCUACUCUGUGGAAGGAGAAAUUAAGGAGCUAAAGGAACUUCUGCCUGAAAUACAGGAGAAAAUUCAGGAUAUGAUGGACUAUAAGGCUGAGACAAUAAAACGCGUCCGCGAAACGCUCUGUUCCACGAACGGAGAAGGUUCGUCGACGUCAAAUGGCGCGGGCCCUAGCUCUAGUUCCAGUUCAUCAUCAGCUCCGAAACCCGCUGCCUCCGACAUUUCUCAUCUUAUCAAAAGGAAGAGGAAGGCCAGUGAGGGCGAAGCAGAUUCCUCAGCAUCCAAGAGAGUGAACACGUGAAUGCGACGAACUAACACACUUUUACUAAUCUGUAAGGGCCCCCUCGCGAUUGUAAAUUAUUUAAAAAAUCGGUUCGAAUGUGAUGAAGCUUUCUUUGAGCCUGUAAGAUGAUAUUGAAAAUUGAUUUUGUUUUUUCAUAAAUCUGGUCAAUAAAUAAUUCGUAAUUAUGAUGUAUUAUGUAAUGCAACCCGUUAAACUGUAGGUCCCGGCUGUCAUUGAACAUCCUUGGCAGUCGUUACGGGUAGUCAGAAGCCAGUAAGUCUGACGCCAGUCUAACCAAGGGGUAUCGGGUUGCCCGGGUAACUGGGUUGAGGAGGUCAGAUAGGCAGUCGCUUCUUGUAAAGCACUGGUACUCAGCUGAAUUGUUAGACUGGAAGCCGACCCCAACAUGAUUGGGAAAAAGUCUCGGAGGAUGAUGUAAUGCAACCCGUCCCUUUGUAACAAACAUUCGUAGGUAUACUGAAUUUUCUGAUGUAUUCGUCGUAUAAGGCCAGUCAUUGUCACAAAUGGCUUACAGAAAUUAUCAUAAGUACUUCUAUUCGUUAUUAAAUUAUUAUAACAAUCCAUUUUUCAACAAAAAUUGUCUUUCAAGCUCAAAGAUGAUUAAAAUUAAGAGUAAAUUAUUUGAAUUAACCCUAGGUACGCGUUGGGGCCUGAGCAUAUAAUAUUGUGUACAAAGUGGUCAAAAUGUUAAUGAGAAUCUAAUGUCUAAGUGUACUGAUUAUUGUUAUGUAUACAUUUUGUGGAGUCCUUGUGUUUGUCAGGAAAUUAUUAUUACUAUUUGAAGAGGCAUAUUCUUGUCCCAGAAAAAGUAAGAUUAAAAUCCCAGUGAGAUUUAUCAGAAUGGUUUUGAAGCUUCUUUAAGAAGACCUAAAAAGGUCUUUCAAAAUCCUUGAGGUCGUCAUCAGUGUCUUUCAUUACAAAUAAAAAAAUCUUUUGAAAAUGCUGAGAUCUUGGCAGUUCUUUUAAAAACGUAGGUAUGCAAAAGAUUGGGAUCUAUAAAAAAUAUUGUAGGUAGCCUAUAUUGGCGUUGUGUUAUUUCCUAUUGAACAGGUCAUUCGAUUUCAUAUUUUAUGUUUCUACACGCGAAGCAUUGCUUCUAGAAUGGGGACUACGUAAAUCGCUUGUUAAAAAAGAUUUCACACGCAUGUUUAGUAGGUAGCUAAUCACUUAGUUGGCAUCGAAAAGUUGAAAAUCUCUUUAUGCGUUUGAACGAAGACUUUUUGUAAAAGCUAGUCGACGAACACAAACAUCUCAGCUGCAAUAGCUUCGGUAGCUCUCAUGAAAAAUUUACUUUUGGAAGAUAAGUUUGUCCAAAGGGUAUUUUGUACAGGGCCGUCUUUAAACUAUUUGAGGCCCUGGCCACAUUAGGAUCUUGGGGCCCCUAUGACCUUGAGAAAACACUAUUUAGUUAUAAUAUAUAAAGAAAAUAGACAAACAAGGUUCUAAAUUUAUUUUUAUUUAGUUACUAACUAUAAGAAAUAGGAUAUAUAAAAAAUAAUCUACAAAAGUAACUCGCUUAGCAUAAAAUCCUUAGAUUAACUGUACGUUGAUUGCAAAGGUACCCUUCUAGAUUUAAGAUGAGCAAAAUCGUUAAUCACUUCUUCAAAAUCUAUGGUAGGUAUUGAGAGAAUAUCACAUUCUAUGGACAUCAGCGACAAACUAGUUAAUCUCUCUUGAAGCAUUGUACUUCUUAAUUCAUUUAUUAUUCGUUUCAAUUUGGAGAAGGAGCGUUCUCCGCCAGUGGCGGCGUAGCAUCGGGUAGCACCCGGGGAGGGCUACUUAUUGAGCAAAUCCCUUCCAAAAAAACACGACAAAAUGUUCACGUAGUAAAAUCAUUCAGAAUUAACACAAAAGUACCCAAACAAGUUUGAAAAAAGCACUGUAAAACGAAGAUAUAAUUUUUUUAAAUUUUGAUUUUUGGGACGCGAUAAAGAUGUAAAAAAUCCAGAAAAACUACCGCUAAAGUGUAAAGCGCGAGCGCAGCGAGCGCGAAAUUUUCGAGAUUUUUAACACAAAAGUACCCAAACAAGUUUGAAAAAACCACUGUAAAGUGAAGAAGGCGCGAGCGUAGCGAGCGCGUAAUUUUUGACAUUUGGGACGCAAAAAGAUGUCUAAAGAAAUUAGAGAAAACCACCGUAAAGUGUAGGGCGCGAGCACAGCGAGCGCGAAAUUUUUGAGUUUUGGAACACAAAAGUACUCAAACAAGUUUAAAACAUUGGUUUUAUACUUUCUGUACACAGUUAGGUGCUUCAUUUUAACUCUGAACAUUUUUUAAGUAUUCUUUUAAAUGUUCAUUAUCAUUCUUUUAAUUGGUCAUUAUCAUCAGAUUUUUUAAUACCUAAAUAUCGGUUAUCAUUUGGUAAUCUGGCAGGAACUAGGGGGCCCCAUUCGAUCGCGGGGCCCUGGGCACUUGCCCAUUUUGCCCAGUGGAGAAGAGGGGCCUGAUUUUGUAAUUUUGAUUGUCCCAAUGCUCUUUGCUGACCUUCAAAAUAGGUACUGAAAAAAUAUUAUCUUUUACAGCACAAGACGUUUUCUAGAAUAAUAAUUAUGUUGAUUGGAUUCGAUAAGCUUGACGUCAAUAAAAGGAUAAAUAUUUAAUGGUUUAAGAUAGAAAGUGCUUAUCAAACUUCUUAAAAUAAAAUGAAUUCCGGAACUUCGAUAGUAGUAGGUAGGUACUGUAAGGUAAGUAAGAUAGCUUGUCGUAAAUAAAUAAUAUUAAGCAACAUGUUGUAAUAUCGUCAUUUCAGACCUUGUUUUACAAUUAAAUAUUAAUUUUUGAUAGA